AUGCGCCAGGAUUGGAGUGAGACGGCCCCGCCGGGCGAGCUGCCACCGGCGCCGGGCGAACACCACAGGCUGGCGGCCGCCGGGCGGCAAGUGGACCUGGCCGCCGGGGAGCCGAUCCUCGAAGCGCGGCGCGUGGCCCUUUGCCCGCGUGCUGCCCUGGGGGGGGGGGAGGCGCCCUUUCUCAUGCUGCUGUGGUCCCGGUCCUGGUCCGCGGGCCGAGGCCGGGGGGGGAGGGCGGCUCCCGCGCGGGCCGGCCGACUUCGGGGCGAUGCCGACACGCUGGAAGCCCGGCCGGUGGAGGCGGCCCGGCUGGAGGCGGCUUGCUUGGCCGUGUCGGCCGCGUGCCAGGACGGCCUGGCUGCGAGCCGGGUGCCCCUGGUUCCCUUCGCCGCGCUGGAGGCGGCGCUCCGGGGCGCCCUUGCUGGGCGCGGCCGGCCGUUGCGCAUGGCCGAGCAGGCGUGUGGCGCGCGGCUCGGAGGGCCGCAAGCACGGCUGCCCGCACCGGGGGCUCCCGGAGCCUGGCCGCAUUCCGCUGACCCGGCGCCGACCCUCGACUUGGUGGUCGACGAAGUGGCGCCAAGUCUGGGGGUGGCUGCGCUUCGCGCGGCCAACGGGCCCACCGGGUGCGGCCUAUUCGGCCCCGGGGCCCGAGUCAUCCUGGCGGUGCAGUCGGCGGGCAACAUGUCGCUGGCGGAUGCCCCGGUGGUCGUGGGCCUGGUCCCGCCCGAGGGGGUGGCCAGCGGGGCCGGCCCUCCCCCGAGGCAGCUGCAUGUGGUCGGGGCCAGCCACUGCCCGGAGGCCAGCCUCGAUGUGCCGUUGGCUCCGGUGGGCGGCCCAGCCGCGCGGGUCCUGGCCACCCGGCGGCCGGAGCGGCCUGGCGCAUCGUUCUACGUGUCCGGCGGACAGCGUCGUCUGCUGAUGGGGCCCGGCUCGCGCGGGCACCCGCGGCUGCGUGUGCCGUGCGACGCGCCGCCGGGGCUGGCUGUAAUUUGCCUGGAGACCGACUUGGUGUCUCCGCAGCUGGAUGAGCCCCGCCGGAUGGCCAUGCUGGCUGGGGCGCCACUUCGCGUGGGCAACGACAUUCGCCUGUCCGCGCACAGGCGCCUGGUUCGGGUGGCGCGGCUCGUGGACCGGGACUUCAAUGAUGUCCAGUCCGGCGUGGCGCACGGCGCUCCCGAGGCAACCAUCAUUCAUGUGUGGGCCACGCAGGGCGAGCUGCAAGAGCCCCGGGCGCUGGCGGCCCGGCGGUCGUGCGCCACCCGGCCGGCGGCGGUAUCGCUGGAACUCCUGCCCGGGGAGCCGGGCGGACCUCAGCGCCAUCGGGCCCAUGCGUAUGGCCCCUUGGGCGAUGUUUCCGGCUGCGGGACUGCCGGUGCCCGCGUCGGUGGGGCUGACAUUCGCCCUGGACGCGGGACCUGGCGCCUGGGAGCCCGCCACGGUGUUGGCCACGGUCCGGCGGGUCACUUGGCCCGGCGGGGGGCCCCGGCGGAACGCCCGGUCGGGCGACUGCCCGAUGGGCAGCCGGCCGGCGCGCGUCUCACGGUGGUGCCCCGGAGCAUCGGUCUCUCCGGGGCCCGGCGGUGGCUGCUGGUCGUCACGGCGUCCGGUGGCGACGUCGCCCCCGACCCGGCUCCUCACGGCGACAUGCCGCCGCACCGGGUCACCCUCGGGGCAUGGGACGCCGAGCGCCUGUCCGGCCGGCAUGCCCUGCACUGUGCCACCGCCAGCAUGCCACCGCCCCAGGUGGCUCGGGCCGAGGCGCACCUCUCCUCGGGCUCGAGGGCCUUCGGUGACAUCCGAUACGCCAGCGUCAUGGGAAGCCUGCUGCGGCUGGUGGAUGGCAGGAUCCUGUCCGUGGGCCAGGAAUUCGAUCUCCCGGCCGGGGCCGGGACCCUGCGCGCGCGCAUGUCCCAAAUGCUGGAUGCCCGGUUGCGGCCGCUGCUGUCCGGGGUCCUGUCCAUGCGUCGGCGGGUGGCGUUCCUGUAUUUGAGCGUGCCACAGUGGGAGUUCCGUCUGCUGGGCGUGCCGGCGACGGUGCUGCUGCGGCUGCCGCCUCUGGCCUAUGGCAUCCGGCUGCCGGUGUACGCCGAGCGCGUCCCCCGGACCUUGGGGCGCGAUGACAUCCAAGUGCCGGGGCGGACAGUGCGCCUGCUCCGGGCGCACCUCCUUCAGGGCCACUCACCUGUCUUCCUCAAUGGGCAUUGGCAAAUGACGCCCCACUGUGACCCGGCCUUCGGCCUGCCAGACGACCACCUUCUCUUGGGGUCGGACAUGCGCCCGACCCCCGACAACACCCUGAUCUUGGAGGCGGCGCAGCCGCCGGAGCUGCUGGCCGUCGCCUGCCUCCUGAAGGCAGACCAGGGGCUUGGCCAGGGGCGGCGGUUGGACCCCGGCCAGCUGGAGGCCCAGCUGUACCAGGGCCUUCCCGAGGGGAAUGUCCUCCAGAAGCACCAGUGUAACUCCCGGCUCUUUCUGGCUCGGCAGGGGCGGAUGUGCACCCUGUCCCGGGGGUGGUGCGCCUUUGCCGGGGCUUCCAUGCGUAUGUCUGCUCGGCCGCCGAGGGGGUCACGCUCCUGCACCAUGCGCGGCCGCCGUAUUGCUGGAGGUGGUCCACAUGCGCGUGGAUCGGGGCCGAGGCCGAUGUCCAUCUCCCCGGGCCUGGUGCGGGACCUGCGGGCGGCCUUCAUGGAUGGCAGUGUGGCCUUGCUGGAGCGGCGGGCCGCUGGCGCCGGGUACUGGGCGGUCCUUGUGCCGGAGCUGCUCCUCGAUGCCGAUGGCAUGGCCAUGCCCUGUGGCAUGCUUCGACCGGGGAGGACGCGCCUGUGCGUGCGCAUCCCCCGGGCCCGGAGCCGACUUCGCCGUUGA